AUGGCUCCAUUCUCCUUUUCCAUGCCUCACCUCUGCGAAAGCGACAACGAUUGGCCCUCCGAUCUUAUGUCUAUCGAUGAAAGCUCGGAUCACAGCAGCGUAACGGUAGAAAAUGACCCAGACCGGGUGUUGAACAUCCAGACGGGAAUUCGAUCAGGCCCUCUUUUUGAAAACAAUCCUACACCCGCUGAGUUCGAUGAAAUUAUUGAGCUCGACUCAGACACUGAGGAGGGCUUCAAUGAACAAGACUACCUGACCGACGCUGCGUUCAAUCGGCUACUACAAAACUGGCACAGAGCCCCCCAAGGACAAGAUGCUGAUGCCGAGGUGCAGUUCAUUGAUGUCCAACCAGCCAAGCGUCCCCUAACAGAAUGGUGCGCGAAUGGCAUUGUCUACACACCGGGGCAAUCCCUAGAAAUUUUUGAUGGAAAUUUUAUCCGGAUAGAGAGCAUAUCCCAGCACGUUGUGUCUAAGGAGAUCUUCUUCAAUGGGAGGCACUUAUUGCGUGCUACCAACCACAAGGGCACAUAUAUCCCCAAGUGGCCCAACGAGCUCAUUUGGAUAGCAAAUGAGAAAAGAAAUAUCGGACUGCCAUUGAUUAAGCGCAUUGUAAAUAUCACUUUCACGAAUACCUGCCAUGUGGAGCAUGAUCCCCGGAAGAAGCAGCGUCCUCACGGUCUGUUCUGCAGGCUGAAGGAGAACUACCGCCUGAAGCCAGAUGAUCCAGCAUCAGUUGAAUACAUCUCCUUCGAGGAGGCAGAUGAAGGGUAUAGGGCUCAUCCCAGCAGUCUACGCAAGGCGUGGAGAGGAACUACCCGUCCUUUUGGAGCGAGUGAUGCCCCGCAGGCCAUCGAUCUCGAGGGACCUGUAAUUGAUCUGACUGGACAAAGUACCGACGAUAAAAGCAGUCGGCAGUACACGUUUGGAGACGGCUUCUGCGGUGCUGGCGGAGUGUCCUGCGGCGCUCUCAAAGCUGGUUUGCGUCCAACCUGGGCAUUUGAUAAUUCCAGACACGCGAUAAAUACCUACCGUCUCAAUUUCCGUGAUGCCGAGUGCGAAGACUCGGAUGUCUUCACCUUUUUGACGAACGAUUAUGCGUUUCUCAAAGUUGAUGUUACGCAUGGGUCUCCGCCAUGCCAAACCUUUUCCCCAGCUAAGACCAUACAGUGCGCUACAGACGAUGCAAAUUCCGCAUGCAUCUUUUCGUGCGCCGAGAUGAUUCGGAAAGCAAAGCCGAGGGUACAUACGAUGGAAGAAACAAGUGGGUUGUACGAGCGGCAUCGAGAGACAUUUCACCGUGUGGUUCAGGAUUUUAUUGAAAUCGGUUACUCUGUGCGGUGGACAAUUCUGAAAUGUGCAGAUUAUGGAGUGCCACAGCUGCGACGACGAUUGGUAAUCAUUGCAUCUGGCCCUGGAGAGACACUCCCACCGUUUCCUGAAGCAACGCAUGGGCUACCUGGUUCCGGCCUCAGGGACUACGUGACGAUUAACCAGGUCAUUUCACGCAUCCCCCGCGGAGCCCCUGACCACGAUGUCGAAGGCGCGCUGCAACGUAGCGCGAUUGACCGAAGACCUUUUAACGCCAACAGACAGGCACGAACUAUUACCUGUGGCGGCGGCAAGAAUUAUCACCCCUCGGGCCGACGAGGCUUCACCAACAGGGAGUUUGCGUGCCUGCAGACUUUCCCUAUGCGUUUCCGCUUCGGGCCUCGCGAGGUACGAAAACAAAUUGGCAACGCAGUGCCGCCGAAGUUGGCAGAAGCUAUUUAUCGUAGUGUGAAAGCCUCGCUGCAGCGAACAGAUGAGGAGGAGACAAAUCUUCAGCGGCGAGGGCUACACUAAUCUUGGUAUAACCAUCGCCUCGUCUUUUGUGCAUCUUGUGCGGACUUCGUAUGCACUUUUUUGUUUAUUCUUCUUGUCGGAUUGUCAAAUCAAUGGCUUCAAUUAGAAUAUUCCUCGAUUAGAACAUCAUCACAAUGAGUCUCGUUUCUUGUUUACUUUGAGAACCUGUGUAUCUUAUGUUAUUUCUUUUCACAGUGAGUUUGGAAAGUAUUGGCGGGCUUGCGUUGUGUUCGGCCCUCGGUGUGGAAUUCGGGUACCCUCAGUGAGUGGAGUCCGACUGUCAGAGCUCCGAGGGGGGAAGAUGGGGAUGAUCCGCCAGGAGAUCCACAUGCCUUUGCCUCAAUUUGAUAGCCGCGGGAAGGCAUGAAGCCGUCCAACCGCGGAGAGAAGGGCGCAGCCGUCGCCACGAUCGGGGACGGGUUCUGGUGGGAGGACGUUGGAAAUGUUAGAGGAGCGAGAUGAAU